UCCCAGCUCUGGGAGGGGAGUGGGUUAGAGCAGGGGGAACUGGGAAGUAGACGGUUAAUAUCAUGGGGAUUUCACUCACAUCAUCACUCCUGCAACAGAAGCGGACUCAUCUGCACAGAUUAUCUCAGACUCAUAUUCCUGGGAUUGUGUAUACAGAGCGCUGAGAUGCAGCCACAUCUGGGGUGGGGCAGCCGGGGAACAGCUGCAUGGGGACAGCUCACCUGACACUGGGAUGCAGUUGCUGCUGGGGAACAGCCACACAUAUUGCCGCAGGGGGACAGCUCACCAAGACCUGGGAUGCAGCCACCUCUGGGGUGGGGCAGCUGGGGAACAACCUCACAUAACGGCACACGAGGCCGGCUCGCCUGGCACUGGGAUGCAGCUGCCUCGGGGGCGUGGACCCACAAAUGCAACUGUUGUUUGUCAGCCCCCUGAAGACACUUAGCAGCCACCAAAAGACCAGCUGGGACUUCCCCCGAACAGGUUACCCAGGGAACCGUGUCACUGGAGGAUUUUAAGCCCAGGCUGGACACACCCUGUCAGGGCCGCUCAGGGGUCCCUUGGCUCUGACUUGGCUCUGGGCACCGGCCCUGAGGCCCCCUUGAGGUCCGCUCCAGCCCCACGUCUAGGAAACCUCCACGCAUGACAUGGCCCAAAGGGUGGAGCGGCCCGGGAAGCUCGGUGGCCUGGCUGCCAUCACACCACAUCGCCAGCAAGCUGGAGGCAGCGGCAAGACAGUUUCUCUCGGUAGCUCACCCGUGGCACCAGCUCGUCCCCAGCCCACUGCUGGGCCGGGCAUUUCUGCCAGGCUGGCCCAGAGGUUCCAGGGUCAAAUCUGCCCCCACUCCAGCCUAGUGCCAGAGGCCACCAGCUCCCCUGCAUGGGCCUCUCCCGCUUCCUCUCCCUCCCCUGGCUGGGUGCCAGGCCCAGCCAUUUCCUGCCCAGGCAGCCAGCCCGAGCUGCGGAGCGGCCGGGGGUGCUAGGAGCCCAGGUUGCUGUGACGGCUCCUGUCCGCACUGCGCAGGCUGGGAAUAGGCACCCGCUGCCCUGAUGGAGGCAGAGCCCUCCGGAGUCAUCCUACUGACGCAGAUCAUACCCCAGCCCCACUCAUCAGACUCCUCUGCCCCACUGCGGCCCCUGCAGAAGUUCUACCAGGGGGAGCCGCUGGCUCUGGGUAUCACACAGAUAUUCACAGGCAUUGUGCAGGUAGCUUUCGGCAUCAUCCUGAUCCUGGUGAAUGAGCACAAUCUAAUAGCAAUACAAAUGGGGACUCCCUUUUGGACUGGGAUCCUGUACAUCAUUUCGGGGAUCAUUUGUGUGGAAGCUGCCAAGAACCCCAAGAUCUCACUGAUGCGGGGCCUGCUGGCUAUGAAUAUCCUCAGCGCCAUAGUUUCCGGAGUGGGCAUCAUCUUCUAUUUGCUCUCCUUUGCAUUCUACUACCCGUACAGAAACUGCCAGUGGAUCGAGUCGUCCAAGUCCUGCGCGCCGACCUCCCAGGUGCCCACAGAUAUCAUGUUCGGGGUGGCCAUGAUUCUCCUCGUCUUCACCAUCCUGGAGUUUUGCGUCUCCAUCUCCAGUGCUGCUUUCGGGUGCAAAACACUCUGCCGGGACAGCUACAGUGACAUGUCUGUGGUGAUUUAUCAGAACAUGGGGCCCCCAGCUGCCCUCGCCAAUGACCCCCCCAAAUCCCCACCCCCUUACCAGGAUACCCAGACCCCCUGAGCCGUGCCCUAUGCCAGCUGCCGGCCAACCCCAACCAUGGUGAGCUGCUGCUGGCCCGUCAGUGGCCCCCAGGGGGCAGCGCAUCAUCUUGGCCAGAACCAUGGAUAGUGACAACCGGGACUUGCUCUGAAAGGUGCCAUCUACACUAAUGGUGUGACAGCUUCCUUCUGCGGAUUGAAAGAGAUAGCGCGAGACUACAGCGUGGCAAAUUACAGCUUCUUUCUUUCUUUCUUCUCCCCUGCUGACAGGAUCUGAUUCCUCUCUGCUGCACAUUUGCCCCUGAUCUCCCCACACCCAAUAAACAUGUUUCAAAUGAACGACCA